GGAAAGACAACUUGACAAUUCACCACUGUUUAUAGUCGGCUGAGUGACGUUUUGCGAGGGUUGCAUAUUUCCUAAGGGGCGCAAGUUUAUUGCUUUAAUUUAAUUAUCGAUUGCUAUUAAUGCAUGAGCCGCAUCAUUAUUAGACACUGCUGCAAACCAAGUGGUAGAAAUGCGCCAUCAAUCCUAAAUAUAAUUAGAAGCCUGGACACGCAGUGAAGUAGGCGGAUGUGUUUGCCGAUUGGAAAAAAAUAUGAGAGCCUGGUUCAUUGCAGUUUUAUUGGCUCUGGCCGCGUUAUGUUCAGCGAAGGCUUCGCGUGUUUUGGAGCUAAGCGACCGCUUUUUGGACGUUCGUCAUGAAGGACAAUGGCUGGUGAUGUUCUACGCCCCUUGGUGUGCGUAUUGCAAGCGUACAGAGCCGAUUUGGGCGCACGUCGCACAGGCCCUGCAUAACACAAACGUUCGUGUCGCUCGACUAGAUUGCACUAGGUUUCCUUCAGUGGCUCAGGAAUUCAAGAUCAACGGCUACCCCACGAUUAUUUUCAUUAAAGGCAAUGAUGAAUUCGUGUACAAUGGCGACAGGUCAAAAGAAGACAUUUUGAACUAUGUAUUGCGAAUGUCGGGGCCGCCUGUACAACUUGUUACUCGGCCUGAAAGUGUCGACAUGCUAAAAAGCUCCCACGCUCUAUUUUUCAUCUAUGUUGGCCCUGAAAGUGGGAUCUUGUGGGACACCUACUAUGCUGCCGCGGAACAUUUCCAGCCUCACGGAUUCUUCUACGUGACAGGGGUCGAGCUAGCCAGCCAACAUUUUGAAAUCAAUCAUACACCGACAGUGAUUGUUUAUAAAGAAGAAAACCACUAUCACUUCCCGUAUGCCAAAGCUGCGAAUGAAAUGGAUCCAUUGCAAGUAAACGAAACAAUCUACCACUGGAUCAACGUUGAGAGAUUCACGACGUUUCCGAAAGUGACGCGGAAUAAUAUCCAUCAAAUGAUGAAAACGAAGAAAUGGCUCGUUCUGGCUGUUGUUGAAGAAAAUAAACUGAAUGAAGUUGCUGCUCAUGAGCUAGAGUUUCGCGAUAUGGUGGAGCGAGUGAUUCGAAAAAAUCGAAAAAAAUAUCACGAUCGGUUUCAGUUUGGAUGGAUUGGAGAUCCUGAUAUUGCUCACAGUAUUGUCAUGGAUGCUUUACCGACACCACACAUCAUAGUUAUAAAUUCCACGACGCAGGAACACCAUAUACCUGAAGACGACCCUCUUCAAAUGACCCCCCAGGCCCUGCAUCUCUUUCUAGAAAGUGUGCAUAAACAAACGGCCACCAUCUACGGUGGUAAUUCCUAUUUGGUGCGUAUUUACCGAGCGUACUUCGAAGCGAAGAAAUCUUUGAAGGAUAUGUGGCGUGGCAAUCCGGUUCUCACUUCUGUCCUGUUUGGUCUUCCACUGGGAUUCCUUUCGUUAAUACUGUACUCGAUUUUCUGCGGCGAUUGCUUAGACGCUCCCGAAGAAGACGAAGACGAGUCACAUGAGAAGAAGGAAUGAGGAUGUAUGCAGCUUCAGUUCAAAAACGUGACUUCAUUUAUUCUACGUGUACAUAGCAUGCAGUUUUGGAUGUUGCCAUCAUUUUCGACUCCAUUUCCACUCAGCAUACUCACCUAGCAAAUGCUUAGAGUACUUAAAUUAAUUAGUAUGAUUUCGCUUCAUUUUUAUUCAAAGGAUUUUGUUAAAUCUUAUAUUUCUUUCAUAGAAGUGUGCGCUGUGGGAGAUUCCGUGCAAUUCUCGUUUAAUUGAAAAUGCCAAUGUGUGUAUUGCUGGCUGUCGGUCAGUUCCAGUAGAAUUUUAUUGAUAAAUUAAUAAAACAUUUGUGAGAA